AUACAAUCAACAAUUAUAUACUAAUUAUUCAACUGACAAUUAUAUACUGAUUAUUCAACCAACAAUUAUAUACUAAUUAUUCAACUAUCAAUAUUAAACUAAUUAAGAUACUAACAAUUGAAAUUAAAAUAAAUCUAAUAAAUAUUUAAUUAAACCGAAUCAGUCAAACCCGAAACCUAGGUUUUCGUUUGGUGUAGCCAGCCCGUCGCCGAAAUCCCACAGAUCGUGACCAACUUCCGCUCCAAAUCCAGCCACGGCGUCUCCCUCGCUUUCCUCCUCACUUGGGUCGUCGAGGACAUUUUCAAUCUGUUGGGUUGCCUUCUGGAGCCUGCAACGUUGCCAUCUCCGACCGACCGUCCACGCCAGCUGGAUUUACAGAGCUCAUCGAUCUCUUGCCCUUUCCUUUUUCUCGAUUCAUCUCGACUGGAAACUGUAAGUCAUCCCCUCUCUCCUCCCUAUUUCUUACAUUGUUUCUUCCCUUCAGAUCUGCAUAGAAUGGACGACGCCUCUUCCUCUCCCUCGGCUUGUGCUCUCCUGUCGCUGCAAUCCCGACUUCUUUCUCCAAACUACAGCAAUAACAACAGCAGCAAGGGGCAUCUACAUGAAGAGUCCACGACGGGAGAGACACCGAAGUGCUGAUUCAGAAGCGUGCCGUUGUUGAGAUCCGCCAGAUUAGGAACCGAAGAAACAGGGACGGUUACAAUAACGGGAGUGGUUUGAUUAUGUCUCUUUUAUUAAAUGAUAAUGAUUUUUCAAUCUCCUUUUCUCUAAUACUUAAGCAUAAACUAGUUGUAAUAUAAUGUAUAGGUGUCCCUGUGUUGAUGCGACACUCCCUAUCUUUGUAAAUUACCCGUAACUUUGGUAGUAUAGAUCGUGUUUAUGGAACCCAUGCCUCUUUGUGAGGUUAUUUGUUGGUGUUUAUCUAAUUCUUUUUCUUACGUUAUGUUUUUUUGAUGUUGUACAGGUGAUCUCUCUGAUGGUCCAUGCGAAGGAUUCGGCUCACGUUUUGGGAGGUGCCAUCCUGUAGAAGUUCAGGUGUACACGUUCAUCUCUCCAGCGUGUUUCAUUUUAUUUCGCACCGUAUAGGUACACAAGGGUUGCCUAUAUCGUGGCAAUCAAGUCCUCUCAUCGUUGGUUCAACACCUUGUUGACCAGCGCAAUUUACUUUGUUAUUAGUUUGGCCUGCAAAGGUCUUGUAUAUUUUCGUAUCUUGCUAUUCCUUUCGGAAUAUCUAUGGCAAAAAAAAAAAAACAGUCAAACCCAUCGGUCCGACCAGGCCCAGUAGACGUGGUCCGACCAGGCCUAGUAGACGCGGUCCGACCAAGCGAGGCGGACAGUGUCCGCUCAGGCGAGGCGGACGGCGUCUGCUCGGGCAAGGCGGACGGCGGCUUAGGGACGAAGAAAAAAAUUCCUGGAGACAGCGGCGACGACUGGAACAGCGGCGAGAGCGAGCUUGGGAAGUCGGCAGCGGCGACAGCGAGCUUGGGACGGCUGCUUCUGGGUCUGGAACAGCGGCGGUCGGUGGCAGGUGGGCGGCGGUGGUCAGGGAAGUUGGCAGGAGGGAGGGGUUGGCGGUCAGCAGGAGGUGAGGGGUUGGGAGGUGAGGAUUAGGUUGGGGUAGAUAAGUUUAGGAUUUUAAAUUAGACCUGUGGCAAAAUCGUCUUAUUUUUUGUAACUAUGAGCGGCAAAUAGCUAUUCAUUUAUUUAUUGGUCCGGUAUUAGUCCUCCUCAUACCUUAUACUACGACGAUACGAUCCCUAAAAUUUGUAAACAAUACAAUGAAGUCCUGAUUUUUUC